AUGCUUAAAUUCGCGGACCUUGUUGAACGCGAUGCAGAGCGUCUAGCCACCCUCGAGUCCCUGCCAACCGGAAAGCCCGUCUCCCCGACUAUGCAGUUUGAUCUUGCCCAUAUGGUCGAGGUUUACAGAUACUACGCCGGCUGGGCUGGCAAAAUCAACGGCGACACAUUCCCUGAACAUAACGGGGUCUACAAGAUCGUGCGUCAUGAACCGCUCGGCGUCUGCGCCGGGAUCGCCUCCUGGAACGCUACAUUCAUGUACAUCGGAUGGAAAAUUGCCCCUGCCAUUGCUGCGGGGAAUGCCUUCAUAUUCAAACCCUCCGAGAAAUCUCCCUUCGGAGCGCUGGCACUCGGUGCUCUCUUCGCUGAGGCCGGAUUCCCGGCUGGUCUGGUGCAGAUUCUUAAUGGGGCGGCGAAUACAGGGGCACUGCUUGCGUCGCAUCCCCAAAUUGCGAAGAUCAGCUUUACUGGUUCUGUGGGUGGUGGCAAGGCGGUGCAGGAUCUUGCGACGAAAAGUAAUCUGAAGAAGGUGACGCUGGAGCUUGGUGGGAAGAGCCCUGCUAUUGUGUUUGAUGAUGUGGAAAUUGAGAAGGCUUUAGGGGGGGUAUGCGGGUUCUUGUUUAACUCGGGCCAGGUCUGUGUUGCAACAAGCCGCGUGCUAGUCCAAAACACCAUCGCAGAUAAAUUCCUCGCCGGGAUAAAAGCCGCCUUCGCCAACGCCGAAGCAACUCUAGGCUCGAACCCCCUCGACCCUACAACAAUGUACGGCCCCAUCGUCGACAAGGCGCAGUUCGACAAGAUCAUGUCCUACAUCAAGAUUGGCAAGAAGACCGCCACGCUGCUGACGGGUGGCGGCCAGAAGGGCGAGAAGGGAUACUUCAUUAAGCCGACUAUCUUUGUAAAUCCGGAUCCGGACAGCCCUGUUGUGAAAGAGGAGAUUUUUGGGCCGGUUAUGGUUGUGCAGACGGUUGGGAGCGAGGAGGAGGCGUUAGGAUUGGCAAAUGAUUCGGUUUAUGGGCUUGCUGCUUCGGUCUAUACGUCCAAUCUUGACCGGGCGUUGAGGGUAUCGAGCCAGCUUGAGUGCGGUGGUGUUGCUGUGAACUCGCCUUUCCUGCCACAGGUUGAAACGCCUUUUGGAGGGAUCAAGGCGAGUGGGCAGGGAAGGGAGCUGGGUAAAUAUGGCUUAUUGGAGUAUACCGAGCCGAAGAGUAUCCAUAUAAAGCUUGAUGUGCCGAAGUUGUAG